AUGCCGCCCGCGCAUCACUCGCCGCAUCCCCAAGCUUGGGGAUCACUGCUACAGCAGCCCACUGUGAAAUCCGAACCAAUGGAAGACGGAAGCUUUAUGAAGGACCAGACCAGCGGCUUCUACUCAGAUGGCUUCCAUAGCGCAUCGCCCUCCUCCUCCAGCAAGGAUUCAAACGGGCACUCACCGCGCAGCGUCGGCAGUUCUGGGGAGCCCUCCCCGUUCUACGAUAACAUGACGCUGAAAGCCAAAGCGAAUCUAGGAAUGCACCUGGACUCGUUCCGUAACAGUUUGCCGUACAGUUUGCUCACACCGCCAGGCUUUGAGCCCCGUAACAAUGAUGGUCGGGAGCCAUCACCUGGUUAUGAAACCUCUUAUUCGCCGAGAAAUUUAGCGCCGCCCGCGCACGUGUCCACGCCUUUACCGCGUGCUGACGCCACGCCACCGAAAUCACCGAGAACACCUUCCUCUCCGGACAGAGACCACGACAGAAGAUCAUAUGAAAGGUACCAAGACUCUGGGUAUGAUGGUGUUGGCCAGAAAAACGACGGUGACGACGGCCGCGACGGCUCCGGCGACGAAGACUUUGAUGAUGAACCCGGACUCCGCGUCCCCGCCGUCAACUCACACGGCAAAGUUAAAACGUUCAAAUGUAAACAAUGCGAAUUUGUUGCCGUAACGAAACUUAGUUUCUGGGAACACAGCAAAGAGCACAUCAAGCCAGAGAAGAUGUUAUGCUGCAGAAAGUGUCCGUUUGUAACGGAAUACAAACAUCACCUCGAGUACCACAUGAGGAACCAUUUAGGAUCGAAGCCAUUCCAGUGUACUCAGUGCUCCUACUCCUGUGUCAACAAGUCUAUGCUCAACUCACACUUGAAAUCUCACUCCAACGUGUACCAGUACCGCUGUGCAGACUGCAACUACGCCACGAAGUACUGCCACUCCCUCAAACUGCACUUGCGUAAGUACCAACACAACCCUGCCAUGGUACUCAACCCCGACGGCACCCCUAACCCAUUGCCAAUCAUUGAUGUGUACGGAACGCGGCGCGGACCCAAACAGAAGCCUUUAUCUAAAAUGUUCGAUCAUCCGUCGUCCAUGAACAAUAACACGCAGCCGCAAGGACCCCCGCCGACGCACCCCAUCUUUGGCAAUCACUUCCCCGUCAACUUGCCGUACCUCCCGCCGCUGCUACCUCACUCAUUCUUAUUCCCGCCGAACAAUAACUAUGAACACAGAACGUCACCAAAACUACCUGAAAUGGCGACUGAAAAAACGCAAGCAAUUUCACCUCCGCCUUCAUUACUGCACCAACGCCUGGCGUACGCGGAAAGGCCGCUCGAGACUGGUACAACCUCGCCGCCGCCGUCUAAGUCACCUGCGAGCUUACCACAAACGCCAACAACUCCGCGGGAAGCUCCUGCGUCGACGGGCAACGACGCUCUUGACCUCACGAGCACAAAGACGAGCGAAGCAGGUACGCCUCCUCCUAGCACAGAACGCGUGACGCCAGUUACACCAACCACAGCCCUUAAAAACAGGAGGAAAGGGCGCGCCUUCAAGCUGCAGCCAGCAGCACUACGGCUGCAGCACGAGGAUGAGAAAACAAAGGACAUGGAAAUCUCUGACAGUGAGUCAGAAGGCUCAGUAGAAGCUUCUGGAACCAACCAGUCAUUCUCUUGUCAGUAUUGCGACAUCACCUUCGGGGAUCUGACGAUGCACACGAUCCACAUGGGUUUCCAUGGUUACAAUGAUCCGUUCAUGUGUAACAAGUGCGGGGAGCGCAGCGCGGACCGCGUGGCGUUCUUCAUCCACCUCGGCAGAGCGCAGCAUGCCUAGCUGUUCUGUACAUGCCUAGACGACGCUUAGCUAGAGGCUAUCCUGUGUUACAGUCAACUAAAUUAUUGUAGAGUAUUUUAUUAUGGCCAAAGACUUUGUAUUGUACAUAACUAUGU